AUGGUCCUCCUCUCCAACCUCCUUACCCUCCUCGUCUCCCUAAUCCACAUUUACAUCCUCCUCCUCGAAACAACCCUCUGGACACAUCCCGCCUACGGCCGCAAGAUAUUCCGGAUGACAGAGGAAUUCGCACAGCAGACAAGAUUGUUGGCGGUGAAUCAGGGGGUCUAUAACGGGUUUUUGGCACUGGGCCUGCUCUGGGGGAUAUGGCAUCCUGUGCCGAUGGUCGGGCAGCAGGUCAAGUUGUUUUUCCUCGGUUGUGUCUCUUUUGCUGGCGGGGCUGGGGCGUUGACUGUGGGGAGGAGGGUUUUUUGGGUGCAAAGUGUGCCUGCGAUGGUGGCGGGGAUUGCGGUUGUGGCUUGGGGGUAG